AUGAAAACAGUCGAAAUAGCCCCAGCACGAUUUUACGGUCUGCCGAAAGUGCACAAAGAAUACAUACCGCUUAGGCUCAUCGUCUCCUUUUGUGGCACCUCAACACACGGUUUGGCAAAAUGGAUGUGCUCUCGUUUCCAGUUUCUGGUAAAAACCGUCACUUUUACCAAACAGUUCCUUGAACUAAUAAAACAUCUGAAUUUAGAUGAACUCAUGGUAUCCUUCGAAGUUGUUUCACUCUUCGCCUCUAUCCCACAGCAACCAGCGAUUUAUGUUGUGAGACACCUUCUAACUGAACGCUACGGCGAGAGGGACAAACCCCCGAAGUCUGAAAAUUUGCCCAAACUUCUAUGA